AUGUCCUCCAGCUUCAUAUUCCGCCAAAGCACACUCCAGUCGAGAUAUUUAGAGGUCUCCUGUUUUCAAUUCUGUUCUUCCCAAUCAGUUCACCAGACCAAUCAAUCAAUCAAGCAAUUCAAAAUAAGCACCAACUCAAAAGACUUUGUCUCACGCCAACAAUCACCACAUCAAGCCGACAAGAUUGAAGAGGUCCGUCAGAAUCUCCCCCUCCCGCAGAUGCCCCCCAAGGCCUCCGACUGGCAGUCCGCCGACGCUAGCAAGACCAACGUCGGCAGUGGUCGUUUUUCGAGCGAUGUUUCAACCGGUCUCGGUUCCACAGCUGGACUGAGGGAGCCUGCGACCAAGGCUUCGGAGGAUAUUGAUAUGAGCGGAAUUGGUCGUCAGGGCAAUGAUGGUCUGAGCGAGCCUCCCAAGGAUGCUCGGUCAAAGUAA